AAACAAGGCUGAAUAUUUAAGACAUUGCCAAACACACUCACACCUCAGACUGCUUGGUACAGACAUUGACGACGACACAUGAUUUGAUCGCUUUCUGUGUUUGUCUCCUUUGAGUUGUAUGCGUGUCAAGUCAGACAGGAGUGAAAAAGGACACGAAAAAGGCUUUUUACACAGAAGUUAAAUUCUCACUUUCAAAACAAUCCCACAAUGCACUGUGUGAGCAGAGGAGGCUGCUACCUGGUGAACUCCUACUGUGAUCUUCAGGAGGAGAACCAGUGGAAGAAGGAGAGCUACGAAGCCUGCUGGGUGAGCCUCGUCCUGGAAACCAGACCACAAUACAAGCUGACUCUUUCAGAGACAGACAGCGUCCGUAGAGAGAGUUACAAGCAGCAGCAGGUGAUCCACUUCCUGGUGGAGAGGAGCCCCAGCCGGACCCUGAGGCUGGGCAGCAGCAGAGACAUGGCAGAGCACCAGCUCCCCUUAUCCAAUACCAGCAGCUCACUUCAUACCACAACUAAACAAAAGCCGGUCAUACAAGAGAAGGGAAAUAAUGAAGAGGACAAACAGGAAGUGACUGCCAAUACUCAGGACGUCAGCAAGCCACUCAGAGAGAACUUCAGAGCCUCCAGCCUGAUGUCCUCGCCGAGGGAAACCUCCAGCCGGGUGCAGAGGAGGGAGUGAAGAGAGGAGUCAUUUAAAAUUCAGAAAAUAUAACGUAGCCUUUGUUAUUGUCGUUUACAUACAGUACUGGUGUUGGUUAAACAAAAUGUGCUUCUAAAUGUAAUCAGCUUAACUGUGACUUUCAGUGAAAAAUGAAAGUGUUGAUUAAUUGUUUUCUCAUUUUCUAUGUUAAGUAUAAUUCAAACUCCAAAAAAUAACACCUCUCGUAAUGUUCUUGUGAGUAGUGUGGAGUGAUUUAAAGAGAGAUUUACUGGAUUCUAUUCUCCUAAUUCGGUUGGCAAAUUAUUAUAUUUAAAACAUACAUUUUGGAACGAAUUCUGAAACAGGUUUUCAACAAUGAUUGUAAAUGUUUGUCAUCGUCAUUGAUUCCCAACAAAACAAAGUAGCAAAACUUCUUGAAACAGUGUCUUGAAUCUAUAUUUACUUAAUAAACGGUCCUGUCAGUAGUUACAACCAAAACACUUAACCAAUAGGUUCAAUGUAUU